AUGGCCGACGAUAGUGACGGCGAGUACAUCGAAGGCAUUUCCGAUGAUGACUUUGCCGACCAUCAAGUGACGAGCGGCCAAGGCCAUGCCCACGCCGCUGGUCGCAGCGACGCCAAGAACGCCGCGACCGCCAGCAGCGGCCGCGGUCAACGAUCGCGUGGAAAUAAGAGCAAGCACAGCAAGCGCGCAGCUUGGGAGGAAGGGAAGUUCACCUGGGAUGUUCCAGAGGAUGCCGAGGGCAACGUUUCUCUCACGGCUCUCCUCGAGGCUGAGAAGCGACGCCGCCUGCUCCGCGACACGACACCCUUCCAGCGUGGAAUCAUCCGGCAUAUGGUCUUGGUGUUGGACAUGUCUUUCGCCAUGCUCGAGAAGGACCUGCUGCCCAACCGGUACCUACUCAUGAUGCACUAUGCGGUGGACUUUGUCAGGGAGUACUUUGAGCAGAACCCCAUCUCGCAGCUGGGUAUCAUUGCUAUGCGCGAUGGUGUCGCGGUGCAUAUCAGUGAGAUGAGCGGCAAUCCGGCGGACCACAUCGACUGGCUGAGGCAUUGGGAGAAAAAGUUCGAGCCUAGAGGGAAUCCUAGCUUGCAGAAUGCUCUGGAGAUGUGUCGUGGUGAUCUCUUUCACGCGCCCUCCCAUGGUACUCGCGAAGUCCUCAUUGUCUACGGCGCUCUUCUCUCUAGCGACCCUGGUGAUAUACACGACACUAUCGAAAACCUUAUAGCAGACCAAAUACGAGUUUCUAUUGUUGGCCUUGCCGCGCAGGUGGCCGUCUGCGCCGAUCUGUCCUCGAAGACCAAUGGAGGAGAUGCUAGUUGCUAUUCAGUCGCGCUGCACGAGCAGCACUUUCGCGAAUUAUUCCUUGCCAGUACCACGCCUCCAGUAACCCGACAGACCGAGCGGAACAACGCCAGCUUGUUGAUGAUGGGAUUCCCCUCGCGGACGAAAGCCGAAUACGCUGCCAGCUCUGCCGACGCUACAAAGGCCAGUGGAGGCUUGAAAGACAAGGUGGACGCCGCUGGCCGAACCUCCAGCGAGAAAAAGGAUGCGAUCAGUCUGUGUGCCUGCCAUAACAAGCCCUGCCGAGACGGAUACCUCUGCACGCGGUGUUCCACAAAGGUGUGCCGUCUACCGGCUGAGUGUCCCGCGUGCGGCCUGACGCUGAUUCUCUCGACCCAUCUGGCACGAUCCUACCACCAUCUCUUCCCCCUUCGGAAUUGGGUCGAAGUCCCGUGGAGCGAAGCCGAUAAGUCCACCGCGUGCUAUGCCUGCCUGACGCAUUUCCCCGAAGCACCGAAAUCGAAAGGCAAGGGCAGGGAGCUUGCAGAGAAGACAGCUGGUGACAAAGUAAAGGGUAUCAGCGAGAGCGGCCGAUACGCUUGUGAGGUGUGCGGCAACCACUUCUGCAUUGAUUGCGACGUCUUUGCGCACGAGAUUGUCCACAAUUGCCCUGGGUGCCAGAGUGACACCCGAGCAGCGGCUCAGCUGGAGGCAGAGAUGGAUGCGGCCGAGAAUGGCGUCACGCAUGCCAACGGAAACAUGAUCGUGGAUUAG